AUGGCGAUGCAAGAACCUCUCGUAGUGAGCGCGCGAACCGUCGAAGAGGCAAUCGAUCUGGCGCUGAAGGAGCUCGACGUCGACCGAGACGCGGCCGAGGUCGAAGUACUAAGUAGGGGCAAGGCUGGUUUUCUUGGCAUCGGCGCAGAACUGGCGCGCGUGCGAGUUACCCUCGAGAGCAACGCACGCACCGUGCCUCUGAAGUCGGAGACUGGGAGCAGACCCCGGCGCCUUGCGACCGCGGCCGUUGGCCAAAUCCUGCUGGAGUCGGCGGGAGUCACGUAA